AAUUGCCACUGUCGUGAACCAACCAAUAAAAGGAACUUCAUUUGCAGUAACAGAUUGAAUGGGUAAGAAGAUUUAAUAAAGAAACUCAUUCUUACAUUUCCAACGAGUGUCAAGUUCCAUACUCACAGGUGAGAGAAGACGCUCUCGUAUGGAUUUUGAUGAUACAUUUCUUGUUAUUUUGCGAUGAACUUUGGUACUAAUCUCUGCGAUGAUGAAUGGGCCCCGUUUGCAACGUCAGUCACUACAGCUUGCGUGUCGGCCAUAUUAUGUGUAAUCACGGCUCCAGGUAACUUGCUUAUCUGUUGGGCGAUCAUCAAGGAUCCGAACAACGAGCUGAAAUCUUCGUUCAAUUAUCUGAUUCUGAACCUGGCCAUUGCGGAUUCUUUUAUUGGAGUUGUGACAGAGCCUGUAUUUGUUUGGUAUCACACCUCUGAAGCAAUGAAAUACGAAGUUCUUGGCCUUCGUUGGUUGGUUUAUAUGUCAUAUUUUAUGACUUCUACCGCCUCAGUGUUAAGCAUAGCUGCGUUAGCAACAGAUCGUUACCUCGCCUUGACUUCUACUACCAUUAGGAAACUGUCCUCUUCGAGCGCUAUUACAGUUUCCAUCGCAAUAUGGAUUUUCUCAUGCGGUUUACCUUUUCUUUAUUUCGAGACUGGGUUUUAUACGCUGGCGUUCGUUUUUGCCAAUACCACAAUAAUUCUAACUCUGAUUCUUUUAGUUUUUUAUUUUGCACGUAUUGUAAAGAGUCUAAACGCUCACGAGAAAAAAAUGCGAUCGGUUCUUGGAAUGGAGGCGCGCCGUCAAGGGUUCCACAGAGAAAAGAAAGCAACAAGAAGUUUCCUUUUUAUUUUGGUUGGUUUUUUUGUAUGCAGCUUUCCGUCUUGUGUCAUGAUAUACGUCAUUAAUUUAUGCAGCACGUGCAGCUGUGACGUUAUACACUGGUUUAGAGACCUACAGUACUUGUCAGUUCUUAUCAACUCCUCGUGUAACCAGUUUUUGUAUGCGUGGAGGAUGAAAGGUUUCCGCCGAGCUUUUAGAAGAAUUCAUCCCCUCUUCGUUUGUUGGGAAGAACAAGAGAGAAGAUCGACCGUGUCACAACUACCUUCCAAUGCCACCUGAUCGCAGUCGCACGAACAAAUGAAAAAGUGAGCGUUGCUGAAAGCUACUUUUGUGCUAACCAGCCGGUUUCGUUGACUCGUAACCAUUAUUCUAUAUACAACUUAUGUAACUUUCAUAAAAUUGCUUAAUGCUUAUGGGAGAUCAAAAAAGGGCUCACCUUCACUCCCACGCCCCUCCCCCCACUCCCCCCUUUCAAGAAAAUCGUCCCAAA